CAAACAGAGCCUUGGAAUUGUAAAUACCGAUUUCUCUCUGGAUCAAAUUGGAAUCGGUCGGGAAAUCAGAUGGGGCUGCCCGGAUCCCGAUUCUGUGUUUGUAAACCCUGGCCUGGCAAGCUUCUCUAGAGCCUUUGGUGCUUGGUUCUAGUUCAGGCAGAGCAGCGAUUAAGCAAAAGCUACUGUAGAGAAUAAUGGAGGGGAACGUUGUGGGGAAGAGCAAACGGAAAAGGGAGAAGCGACGGGGUGCCCAGAAGACUAGUAAAAGCAGCGCCACCACCACCACCGCCACAACCACCACGACCACGACCACGACCACGACCACUACGACUACGCACAAUGAUCUCAUGGAUCUCUCUGUCUCCAAGCAAGUCCAUGCACCACAACCAAAGCGCAGCAAAACCGUCGCACUUGGAAACUCCGUCUCCUCCGCCUCCAACUCCAGUUUUCUGAACAAGAUGCGAGCUAGGUUGUCCGGAGGCCAUUUUAGGAUGUUAAAUGAGAAGUUGUACACUUGCAGCGGAAGCGAGGCCUUCAACUUUUUCAAAGACGACCCGUCACUUUUUGAAAUGUAUCACGCAGGAUAUCAAGAACAGAUGUCACAUUGGCCAGAGCAGCCAGUCAACAUCAUCAUCAAUUGGCUUAACAACCAGAGUCCCUCUUUGAAGAUUGCAGAUUUUGGCUGUGGGGAUGCGCACCUUGCAAAAAAUGUGAAGAAUAAAGUCUUCUCCUUUGAUCUUGUCUCAAAUGAUCCUUCAGUAAUUGCUUGUGACAUGUCAAAUAUUCCCCUUGAUUCGUCGUCAAUGGAUGUUGCUGUUUUUUGUCUUUCACUCAUGGGAACCAACUUCCCAAAUUACAUACAGGAAGCACAGAGAGUUCUUAAGCCAUGUGGCUGGCUUUUGAUAGCAGAAGUAAAAAGUAGGCUUGAUCCAAACACUGGAGGAGCAGACCCAAAUAUUUUUUCAAAGGCAAUCUGUGAACUUGGAUUUAAACUAAUUUCUAAGGAUUUCUCAAAUAAGAUGUUUGUUUUGUUUUUCUUCAAGAAGAAGGAGAAACCAUGUCGAGAAAAGGAAAUCGAAUGGCCUGAGCUGAAGCCUUGCCUGUAUAAGCGUCGCUAAGACAGUGGUGUUGGACUUUUCGGGUUGUUGACAUUUGUGAACCUUCGGCGCACCUUCCUAUAGUGGGGGGACUUGCAUAUGAGUGACUUUUCCACCAGCAUUUCACCUUUAACUAUUGCUGCUAUUCAUGGAUGCAGACCAUCCAAUGGUGAGUUGUUCAUUGCAUCGUAUUGCAUCAAUCUAAUGAUCGUGGAGCUCAUUUGAAGGACCAUUGUUUUCAUCCACCAUUAAAGGAAUUUGCAAUACACAUUAGGAUAUAAAUUGAUGUUAAUACAGGCUUUUACAUUAUUUGGAUCCCAUACAAGUAUAAUCAGUCAAUAUCUUGUAACCUUAACAUUUAUCAUUAUUUUUUUGUUUAUAAUAACCUCUUCAACUUUCAGAAUUUUCACCAA